AUUUCGUAAGAGACAAUAGUCCGAACCAAUUUUUGUACUCUCCACGUCAUCUAACUUUAGUCGACAAGUUAAUUUCAGCAGAUAAUCAACAUACAAACAUAUUUUAUCGACGAUUGAGAAUGCUUAGUUCUGCUCACGGCAACAGAGUUUAUAUACAACAUUAGAUUGAGCAGUGUGUUCAGUAUUAUUUGUUGCGCGAAGAGGAAAACACAGUCAGAAUGAAUAUAGUUCUUACACUUCUUUUAAUAUUAGCCUCUUUAUUGGUAUAUUAUAUAAAAUAUUUACUAUCAUACUGGAAACGACGCGGGAUACCACAUGAUGAACCAUCUUUUCCACAGGGCAAUAUGGUUGGCUUCGCUAAAACCAAACACAUCACAGAAUUACUAACGCCAGUUUAUAACAAAUACAAAGGUAAUAAUCGUCCAUUUGCUGGAUUUUAUUUUUUGGUCAAGCCAAGCGUACUGGUGCUAGAUCUAGAACUGGUAAAAAAUGUGCUCAUCAAGGACUUUGACAAGUUUGAUGAACGUGGCAUAUUUUUCAAUGAACGUGAUGAUCCAUUAAGUGGAAAUUUGUUUCAAAUAAACGGUGAAAAAUGGCGCCCUUUGCGUCAUAAAAUAUCGCCUACCUUCACUUCUGGAAAGAUGAAGUUCAUGUUCCCAACUGUGACAAAAAUCGGCGACGAGUUUGUUAAUGUAUUUAGCGAGAAGGUGGCUUCUACUAACAGUGGUGUAUUAGAGAUAACGGACCUAUUGGGUCGCUUCACUGCCGAUGUGAUUGGCACUUGUGCCUUCGGGCUUGAGUGUAAUAGUUUGCGCAAUCCAAAUGCAGAAUUCGUUGUUAUGGGUAGACGUGCAUUUGUUGACAGACGUCAUAACAGAUUUGUAGACACAUUUUUACACAGUUUUCCAAAGUUGGCACGAAAUUUACGUAUGGCCUCUAUACAUCCUGAAAUAGAAGCAUUUUAUAUGCGUAUUGUAAAAGAAACAGUUGAAUAUCGAGAGAAACAUAAUAUAAAAAGACAAGACUUCAUGGAUAUGCUAAUCGAAAUGAAGAACAGCGCAGAAAAUCCAAUAACAUUUGAGGAACUUGCGGCUCAAGCAUUUGUGUUCUUCUUAGCUGGAUUUGAAACCUCUUCUACAACUAUGGGUUUUGCUCUCUAUGAGUUAGCACAGGCGCAACAAGUGCAAGAUAAAAUGAGAGCCGAGAUAAAUCAAGUUCUCAAGAAACACAACAACGAGUUCAGUUAUGAGUGCAUGCAAGAAUUAAAAUAUGUAGAAAAAGUUAUUGCAGAAACUUUACGUAAACAUCCAGUCCUAUCACAAUUAGUGCGUUCAGCCAAAGCCGAUUACACAACUUCGGAACCGAAUUAUGUUAUAGAAAAAGGUACUAAUGUGAUCAUACCCGUUUAUGCUAUUCACCAUGAUGCCGAUAUAUAUCCAGAACCAAACAAAUUUGAUCCAGAACGAUUUUCGGAAGAGGAACAACAAAAGCGGCCACACUGCUCAUACCUGCCGUUCGGUGAAGGUCCAAGAAAUUGUGUUGGUCUACGUUUUGGUAAAAUGCAAACCUGCAUUGGCCUGACUUAUUUGAUAAGAAAUUUCAGAUUUAGUGUUUGCGAGCAAACCAAAAUUCCUUUUGAUCUUGUCAAGUCAAAUUUCUUAUUAAGCCCUCAGAAUGGCAUUUAUUUAAAAGUUGAAAAAAUUUAGUCGGAAGUGACUAAUUAUUAUGGUUCAGCAAGUUUUGGUGAAAAGGUUUUUAAAAAUAAUUGCUGUUAAGAUUUAAAUAUAUAUU